CCGCAGUGUCUCAACGAUCAAAACCAACACAACCACACGUUACUACCACCAAGAACAAAUCACCACCAUCAGUCAUACCCCCCAUCGUCACUAUGGCCGACCAAGCCAAGGCUCCAGUGGUCGCUGAAGCCCAUCUGGUUGAUACCUAUCACCCCCCGCAAAAGAUGCUUGACAAGCAUCCCAGUAAACCCCAUCUUAGUGGUCUCGAGGAGUACCAACAAUUAUACAAGGAAUCCAUUACCGAGCCUGAAAAGUUCUUUAGUAGAACGGCUAGAGAAUUAUUAACAUGGCAACGAGACUUCGAGACUGUUCGUACCGGAUCUUUGACCAAUGGUGACGUUGCUUGGUUUCCUGAAGGCCAACUGAAUGCUUCAUACAACCUGGUCGACAGACAUGCCUUCAAAGACCCUGACAGAGUCGCAAUCAUCUACGAGGCUGAUGAGCCCAAUGAGGGUCGAAAUUUGACUUAUAGCGAGCUCCUCCGAGAGGUUAGCAAGGUCGCAUACGUCCUCAAGAAGAUGGGCGUUCGAAAGGGAGACACUGUCGCCAUUUACCUACCUAUGAUUCCCGAAGCUAUCAUUGCUUUCCUCGCGGUUAUCCGUAUUGGUGCUAUCCACUCUGUCGUUUUCGCCGGUUUCUCAGCCGACUCGCUACGUGACCGUGUUAUCGACGCCCAAUCCAAGGUGGUCAUCACCACAGAUGAAGGAAAGCGAGGUGGCAAGCUCAUUGGUACCAAGAAGAUUGUUGACGACGCGCUCAAGCAAUGCCCGGGUGUCACAGGCGUACUUGUUUACAAGCGCACCGGUGCUGACAUUCCCUGGACUCCUGGCCGAGAUCUGUGGUGGCACGAAGAGGUCGAGAAGUGGCCUUCUUACAUCGCUCCUGAAGUAGUGAACUCCGAGGACCCUCUCUUCCUACUAUAUACAUCAGGUUCGACAGGCAAGCCGAAGGGCGUUAUGCACACAACUGCUGGAUAUCUACUAGGUGCCGCUUUGACCGGUAAAUACGUGUUCGAUAUUCACGACGGGGACCGAUACUUCUGUGGUGGAGAUGUUGGUUGGAUUACCGGCCACACAUACGUCGUCUAUGCGCCUUUACUCCUCGGUGUCUCCACGGUUGUCUUUGAGGGAACCCCUGCUUACCCGAACUUCUCACGAUACUGGGACAUCAUCGCAAAGCACGAAGUUACUCAGUUCUAUGUUGCACCAACAGCAUUGAGAUUAUUAAAACGUGCUGGUGAUGACUUUGUUAAGGCCCACAUGCCAAAGCUGAGAGUCCUGGGCUCUGUAGGUGAGCCUAUUGCUGCUGAAGUUUGGAAGUGGUACUUCGAAGUUGUAGGCAAAGAGGAGGCACAGAUUGUCGACACUUACUGGCAAACCGAGACUGGCUCAAAUGUAAUUACUCCUUUAGCGGGAGUAACACCGACGAAACCGGGAAGUGCAUCUCUGCCUUUCUUCGGCAUAGAGCCUGCUAUUAUUGACCCUGUAUCCGGCGAGGAAAUCCACGGGAACGAUGUUGAGGGUGUGCUAGCUUUCAAGCAGCCAUGGCCUAGCAUGGCCCGCACCGUCUGGGGUGCGCAUAAGAGAUAUAUGGAGACCUACCUAAAUGUCUAUAAGGGUUAUUAUUUCACCGGAGACGGAGCUGGCCGAGAUCACGAAGGCUUCUACUGGAUCCGAGGACGAGUAGACGACGUGGUAAAUGUUAGUGGUCACCGUUUAUCAACUGCGGAAAUCGAAGCCGCCCUAAUUGAGCACCAUUCCGUGGCCGAAGCCGCCGUAGUGGGCGUUGCCGAUGAACUUACUGGACAAGCGGUCAACGCGUUUGUGGCAAUCAAGAACGUUAGCGAGGCUUCGGAUGCCUUACGGAAGGAAUUCAUCCUGCAAGUACGGAAGAGUAUCGGACCAUUUGCCGCACCCAAAGCGGUAUUCAUUGUACCCGAUCUUCCCAAGACGCGAAGUGGCAAGAUUAUGCGCCGCAUCUUGAGAAAGAUCCUAGCCGGUGAGGAAGAUCAAUUGGGUGACAUAACAACGCUCUCCGACCCGUCUGUGGUUGACAAGAUCAUUACUACCGUCCACGAAGCAAGAAAGAAGUAAAUAGUAAGAAGUUGAUUCCGAUACGGAUUUCUGAUACCAUUCUGUUUUAGAUGUGGGGAGGUUUGGAACGUGACUGGCGACAGCAGGGCUUGAGUGGUCAUAAUUAGUCCUUCAACAAAGUGUGUUCAUAGUAGCACGAGAUUUCCACAUCCCGUUCCGGUCAACCC